AUGGCAUCGCGGCUCGCUUCGAGUUCCAGUUACUCCAGCGUGCCGCCGUACCUUCUCCCCGUGGUCGAACCUCAGCUUUUUGCGGGCCGGUGUCCCGCUCCAGCGAGCUUCCAGGGUGAUGGACGAGUUCACCUCCGAGCCCUCAGCCUCUGCUUCCUCAAUGGAAGACGUGACGGCGGGAUUGAGGAGGUCCUCGAAGUAUUCCUUCCACCGUCCGACGACAUCCCCAGUCGAGGUCAACAGCCGCCCACCCCUACUGUAAACAGCAUUGGUAGGGGACUGCUUCCCCCUCCUGAGGCGCCGGACAGUUUGCCAGAAUCUCUUCGAGGCCAGCCGAUAGUCCUUCUCCAUGGCCUCACCGAACUCCUCCCAGGCCCGAGUUUUUGCCUCCACGACCACCCGGGCCGCAGUCCGCUUGGCCUGCCGGUACCCGUCAGCUGCCUCUGGAGUCCCACGAGCCAACAAGGCCCGAUAGGACUCCUUCUUCAGCUUGACGGCAUCCUUUACUUCCGGUGUCCACCACCGGGUUCGAGGAUUGCCGCCUCGACAGGCACCGGAGACCUUACGGCCACAGCUCCGAGCAGCCGCUUCGACAAUGGAGGCGGAGAACAUGGUCCACUCAGACUCAAUAUCUCCAGCCUC